AGUAAGUCUCAUUUGCAAAGGUUGAGUGUUGCAAUAUUUUCCUCACUGCAUGCUAGUGAACAAAGUGAAGGAGAAGAUGCCCAGGCAGGGACCCCUCUCCCUGCUCACCUGGAUGGGAGCCAUGGCUGUCUCUUCAAUGGCUUUCAACAUUGAUGAAGCAAACCCCAAAAUCUACAAGGGGGAGGAAAGGGAUUUCUUUGGUUACAAAGUCCUGCAAUUCAUAUCUGGCAAAGACAAAGGGGUAAUGGUCAGUGCUCCAUAUCAGAAGAACGGAUCUGGUGGAAUCUGUAGAUGUGCUCAAGACAGACCAGACUGUACAGACUGUUACACUCCUCAAGAAACUGACACAAUCAAGUACAUUGGACUGUCUAUGGCUGGACAAUCUACUUCUCCUCCAACAUUCACUGCCUGCAGCCCUGGUCUGGCACACGAGUGUGAUGGGAACUCUUAUCUGAACAGUAUCUGUUAUCAGUUCAACAGCCAGCUCCAGAUCACCUCGAACUUCACACCUGCUUUCCAAGAAUGUACUAAGAAAAUAGUGGACCUCGUUUUCCUCUUUGACGGAUCAGGAAGCAUGACAAAGGAUGAAUUUGAUAAGAACAAAGUUUUCAUAAACAAUAUCAUGACAACCCUAAAAAACUCCUCAAUCAGGUUUGCCGCGGUUCAGUUCUCAUCAAUAGCCAGGACAGUUUUCAACUUCAAUGACUACCAAGAGGGGAGAGCCUUGACUAAUCUUUGGAAAGAAAAGCACAUGGCUAAUCUAACCAACACACAUCAGGCGAUAGACUUUCUUUUGAAAAACAUUUUUGAAAACCAAGCCGCCGGCGCCACCGCAGAUGCAACUAAAGUACUGGUCAUAAUAACAGAUGGAGAUCCCAGUGAUACUGAUAAAAGGUUUAACUCUAUCAACAGAAGUCAUGACAAAAACAUCAUCCGUUUCGUUAUUGGGGUCAAGAAUGUCGAUUUGACGAAACUAAAGUCACUAGCAUCAGAGCCAAAAGAGAACAACACUUUCCUCAUCCAGGAUUACAACGGACUAAAAGGAAUCCUAGGCAACUUACAAAAAAAGAUCUUCAACAUUGAAGGUUCCAAGACUGCUCUGGCUGGAAACUUGAAGAAAGAGAUGUCUCAGAGUGGGUUCAGUGCUGUCUACGUUAAUAGGGACACCUUGGUUCUGGGCUCAGUGGGAUCAAACAACUGGCGUGGAUCUCUCUUUGAGACUGAGGGUCUGAGAUCCGAGGAAAGGGAAAUUCAGGACCCCACAUUGGACAAAGACUCCUAUAUGGGAUACUCUGUAGCUGUUGGGAAGAAGAACCAGAACUUUCUAUAUUUUACCGGAGCACCAAGAUCUGAACACAUGGGACUGAUCCUACUUUUCAACAAGGUUAACAACAACUGGACUGUGGCACAAAGAUUGUCUGGAGAACAGAUGGGCUCCUACUUCGGGGCAGAGCUGUGUUCUGUGGACAUAGACUCAGACGGCAACACAGACUUCCUCCUGGUGGGUGCACCAAUGUUUCACCAACCACCGAGAGAGGGCAGGAUCUACGUCUACACACUAACAGAUAAGCUGGAACUGAGGAUGGAGAUGAAUGUUUCAGUGAUGGCUCAGGGUAGAUUCGGCUCCUCCAUCUCCUCUCUCACAGACCUGAAUGGAGAUGGGCUGAAGGAUGUAGCUGUGGGCGCUCCACUUGAGGACGAUCACAGGGGGGCCGUGUACAUCUACCUGGGUGAAAAGCUAAAGGGGAUCCGCCCUGAAUUCAGCCAGCGCAUCUCAGCUGCGAUGAUGAGAUCUAAGCUCCAGUUCUUUGGCCAGACGAUUGAUGGGAAGAUGGACCUGGGUGAGGAUGGACUGACUGACAUCGUAGUAGGAACGCGUGGCGCAGUUGUCGUCUUGAGGUCCCGACCGGUCCUCAGCAUCUCUGCUCAUCUCCACUUCCAUCCCUCGGAGAUCAGCACUGAUAACUUUGACUGUCUGGCAAAAGAGACCAUUUCCGCUGUGGUGACUCUGACAGCCUGCUUUAACAUGGCAGAGGCAACAAAGAGUAAAGCUGGGGCGCUGAGUGCAGGGAUGAACAUCUCCUACUCGCUGGAUGUGGAUCCAGUGAGACAGAGGAGCCGAGCCUUUUACAAUGACACGAACAAAGGGGCCAGAAGUCUUCUCUCUACUGUGGAGUUGAGAAAGGAGCGGACCUGCUUCAACCACUCAGUCUACAUGACACAAUGCGUAAUUGACACAUUAUCGCCCAUAAUCAUCCAACUGAAUUUUUCUCAAUCUCAAAGCCAACAAGAGGGUUGUACUGCCAUUCUGAAUACUGACAGUCCUACAAAGGCUGUGGUUGAGGUGCCCUUUGAAAAGAACUGUAAAGAAAAUGAAACCUGUUUGGCAGAGCUUGAGGUGGACUUCAACUUCAUCACAUCAACUUUAUUAGUGGUGGACCAGAGUUACUUUAAUGUGACUAUAAGACUGUCCAAUCACGGGAAUGACUCCUAUAACACCAGUCUAACCCUCCUCUACCCUCCUGGCCUCUCAUUCUCCACGAUGCAUCUUCUGAAGUCCACAAGGAGAACGGUGUUCAGCUGUGUUGGUCUGGAAGAUGAAAUGGACAGAACUACAUGCAGUGUCAGCCUCCCUGUCUACCGUAGUAAAACUACAGCUGUGUUCACCAGUAAAUUCCAUAUUUUGAAUACAUACAACUGGAACGACACAAUGGAGAUGACCGUCAUUGGCCUGAGCGACAAUGGAAACUCAACCAAUAGUUCCCUAACCCGGACCAUCCCUGUUCAAUUUGCAGUUGACCUGGUAGCAAAAGCCCUUCCCCAAGACUCCACCACUUACAUGAACUUUACUCUGGAGGACACAUCACCCAAAAGACUGGUGAAUGUAUAUGAGGUGCAGAACUUGGGAUUUAAGUCUGUACCCAUCACAGUCACCUUCACUUUCCCAACUAAGCUUGAGCACAGAUUUGAAAUGAAGGACUACCAAAUAUCUGUCUUACAGAACCACACUCAAUGUGGAAAGGUUAUCAAUUCAACAACAGAGUACUGCUUUCCAGAAAUAUACUGCAAGUCCAUCGAGUGUGAAAGUUUCCUUUUGGAGAAGUUUUUGACAGUUACAUUUGUGCUGUCUGGAAAUGUUUCCUUCAAGGACCUCGAUCAACAUGCAAAGAGCUUGUCAUUGUCAAAGAAAUUCACUGGGGACAGAGAAACAGUCAACUUCAUCAGUUUAGUCAAACUCAGCUAUGACAAAAAACGAUAUGCCCAGACAGCGAGUGACCCAGGGGACAACUCUACAAGCUUCCACCAAACACAGAUUGAUGUCCAGGCUGAGAUCAUCAUUCAUCCACAAAGAGAGCUGAUACUAGGGACAGGAGUUGGAGUAGGACACUUUCUCCUGAUCGUCAUCACAAUGGCCAUGUAUAUGCUGGGAUGUUUCAAGAGAAAACGGCUUGUUGAUAAUGCACAGGAAGAUGAGAAUGAAGGGGAACAGAGGGAGCAAGAUGACGCUGUUCAGCCUAUAACAGAGAAAAAGCUAGAGCCUGAGAGUGAGCCUGAGAGUGGAGCAGUGGAGGCAAAUUCUCUCCUUGACGACAGUCAAACAGAAAACAAUGGCUUCCCCACUUCAAAUUGAUCAGAUAUACAGUGUAGACAUUAUUAAUGUUGUAAAUUACUAUUGUAGCUGGAAACAACAGAUUGUUUAUGGAAUAUCUACAUAGGCGUACAGAGGCCCAUUAUCAGCAACCGUCAGUCCUGUGUUCCAAUGGCACGUUUGUGUUAGCUAAUCCAAGUUUAUAAUUUUAAAGGGCUAAUUGAUCAUUAGAAAACCACUUUGCAAUUAUGUUAGAACAGCUGAAAACUGUUCUGCUAAUUAAAGAAGCAUUAAAACUGUCCUUCUUUAGAGUAGUUAAGUAUCUGGAGCAUCAGCAUUUGUGAGUUCGAUUACAAGCUCAAAAUGGCCAGAAACAAAUAACUUUCUUCUGAAACUCGUCAGUCUAUUCUUGUUCUGAGAAAUUAAGGUUAUUCCAUGUGAGAAAUUACCAAGAAACUGAAGAUCUCGUACAGCGCUGUGUAGUACUCCCUUCACAGAACAGCGCAAACUGUCUCUAACCAGAAUAUUAAGAGGAGUGGGAGGCCCCAGUGCACAACUGAGCAAGAGGACAAGUACAUUAGAGUGUCUAGUUUGAGAAACAGAUGUCCUCAACUGGCAGCUUCAUUAAAUAGUACCCGCAAAACACCAGUCUCAACGUCAACAGUGAAGAGGCGAGUCCGGGAUGCUGGCCUUCAAAAACAAGGACAUUUCUAAGUGACCCCAAACUUUGAACGGUAGUGUAGAUGUUUCAUGGACAUUGAUGUUUGAUAAAACGUGACCAAAGUGAUUCAGUAUUAUACAUAUUAUAUACUUUUUCAAUGUUUAUGUCAAGGUAAAAAAUAAUUUAUCUUUGUAUUAUUGCUGUAAUGUCAUUAUUUAAAGCGCUAUGUUCUUACUAGAGAAAUGUACAUUGGCAAAGAGCUUUAUUGUUUCAUGCGUUUCACAUUAUUCUGUAAGAUGUAGACUAUAUUUACAAAAGUAUAUGCACACCCCUUCAAAUGAGUGGAUUCAGCUAUUUCAGUCACACCCGGUGCUGACAGGUGUAUAAAAUCAAACCCACCACCAUGCAAUCUCCAUAGACAAACAUUGGCAGUAGAAUGGCAUAACCGGAGAGCUCAGUAAUGCAUACCCAUAACAUGAUGCAGCCACCACCAUUUCUUGAAAAUAUUACGAGUGGUAGUCAGUGAUGUGUUGUGUUGGAUUUUUUGCAGUAUUACUUAUCUGCAUUAUAUUUCAAACAGGAUGCAUGUUUUAAAUUGUUUUUUUUUCUGAACAAGCUUCCUUCUUUUCACUCUGUCAUUUAGGUUAGUAUUGUGGAGUAACUAAAAUAUUGUUGAUCCAUCCUCAAUUCCCUCAUAUCACAACCAUUAAUAAUUAAACUGUAACUGUUUCAAAUCA